ACAGCACAACUUGCAUAUUACCAUAACAUUCUACGAACGUAUGGAACAGGAAAUGCAAAAAUAUAAAAAAAAUAUCCAAAACUGUUGAUUCGGCAAAUUUGUCCGUUUUACCAGUGUUUCAAAACCACUGGCUAUUACACGUGUUACCGUAUGAUUCGAAUUGAAUUUUAACUAAAACGAAAAAAUGUUUUGGUCAUUUGUGGCGGUCCAUUUGUUAGUCAUAGCUGUGAUAUCAAAUGAUUCAUUUCCGAUCGAUUUGAAGGAAAUUGAUCCCGAAGACAUCUAUCUUGUGGAUAAGGAACGGAAGGGACGAUUUAUUCAAGUAAAUCAAACCACUUUUCUGCCCAAUCCCAUUGAGUUGAUACGAGCGAAGAAAUCGUCAUCGCAGGAUGCAGAUGAGAAAUUAAGCGAUGCCAGUGCAUUAAUACCGGACAAAAAAGGAGAUCAAUCAUCAACCGAAAACAACGUAAUGCUUCCACCUCCACCGCCAGUCUAUGUGCCAACACCGUACAAAAGAGAGGAGUUCGUAGGUCAAAAUACCACCGCUUGUGCGGAUUCCCUGUUCGAACCACAAACGUUUGGCUAUCCAUCAUUUUUCGAAGAUCAGUUUACAGUUCAAGGCCAUCUGGCCUUUAUUGACAAUCCGACGAAUUGUUGUAAUUUCGAACAAUUGAUGAACGCUUUUACUGGAAGAUUAUCAUGUGUUGACGAAUACAAUGUACCGCAAGAAAAUCUAUUUUGUUAAUAAAAUUGAAUGAAUUUG